CGAACGGGAGGUUAUUGGCUGGAAAAGGUCGAAGAUAUCCUUCUCCUUCUUCUUCUCCUUCUGCUUCUAAUUUUCUUCUUGCUUUUCGAUGUGGUGACUAACAUCCAAACUCCUAAAGUCCAAUCUCGUAAAGCAAUUCUUCUGGUUCGAAUUCGCUGCUCUCGUCUAAGAAUCUGGUACAGUUUUCGUCUUUAAUCUCGGAGGAAUUGGGGGGUAGAGUUUCGCUGCUGAGGAAUUGGAAGUAACGCCACCUUCGAUUGUUCUCAUUCUGGUCCCUGCGUUCCUUUCCUUGCCUCUAUUCCGAUCGAAAAGAAGAUGUUAUGAGUGAUGUGGAGACACAAAUUCCAUCAUUGAUGCCAACUGGCUCUUCAUAUUUUUCAGGUCUGAAGUUAAAUCUUCAAUGGGCAAGUUGCCUAGUUGGGUAAUGUAGGUUUCACAAAAAAAGUGACAAACUAGUCCUUCACUUAGACAGUUAAGUAAUGUAGGUUUGACCCAAGUGCUACAUUGGAGAGAAUUUGCUUGGCCUUUACUCUUACUGUCGAAAAUGAUGGAAGUCCUCACUCCCACUGCUCGCAUACAGUUGUCCGAGAUGUUUUUAGCAGUAUUCUUUUUCCAUAGUUCCGAGUACCUAUUAGCGACCGGCUUUCAUGGGCGGGCCAAUGUUACUCUUGGAUCUCUUCUCAUCAGCCAAAACUAUCUUAUCGCGAUGAUCUUCUCGUUGGUCGAGUAUUUGACUGAAGUCCGUCUCUUCCCUCAACUGAAGGAACACUGGUGGAUUAGCAUCUUUGGGCUUGUGAUGGUUGUGGUUGGGGAAAUUGUUCGUAAGAUGGCGAUCAUAACUGCCGGUACAGCCUUCACUCACAUGAUUAGGACUCGUCCUGACGAGCAUCACGAACUAGUUACACGCGGAAUCUAUAGAUAUAUACGCCAUCCAGGAUAUUCUGGUUUCUUCAUAUGGUCAGUCGGCACCCAGAUAAUGCUUUGUAAUCCGGUGUCGUCGAUUGGGUUUGCGAUCGUUGUUUGGCGCUUCUUUUAUCAACGAAUACCAUAUGAAGAGUAUUUCUUGAGGCGGUUUUUCGGCUUGCAGUACGAUGCAUAUGCAAGGCGCGUUCAUUCUGGUGUGCCAUUCGUAAGGUAAAAACAGCAGAGCUAAAUUCAUUUUGAUUAAAUUUUGUAGUUCUUUUGCCGCUUUUUUCAAGGGCUUGGAUUUUUGAAGCUUUAAGUUUUAACAUAUAAACUGGUGCCAAGAGUGAUGGAGCUUUUUAUCUUCUUCCACUGUAUCUAAAUCAUUGGCUUAGGUGGUAAUGCCAGUCCGGUUUCUGGUGAUAGCUUAUCUAGGGUAGACAAAACCCAUCAGAGUUGAUGACAUCCAAUAAGUUAUAUCUGAAUGCAGUAAGCCUGUAAAGUCUAUAUCCCAAAAACUUGCAUUUUCUAUGACUAAGUGGACGUUUAGUUUAUAGAUUCAUAAUUAUGAUUUAGAACUAUUUUCGGUUUACGUGUGUUUUUUGUGAGAGAAAAUAUUGUAGCGAGUCACGAACAAUGAUUCGAACUAUAAGUAAGGCUAU